AUGACAGAGCUGCAGGAAGCAGCUACCCGCAAUGGCGGAAAGAAACAGAUUAUUCUGAAUGCGUUUGAAAUGUCAACGGUCGGGCAUAUGUCGCCUGGACAAUGGAAGGACCCUGAGGACCGUUCUCCCACAAAGCGCACGCUUGAGUAUUGGACCAACCUAGCCCAGAUCCUCGAAAGGGGAGAUAUUACUGCGCUGUUCUUGGCGGACACGUACGGUGGCCACGACACGUACGAAGGCUCGAUUGAUAACUGUGUCCGGCGUGCGGCGCAAUGGCCCAUGACUGAUCCUUCUAUUCCUAUCUCAGCAAUGGCUGCUGUGACCAAGAAUCUAGCAUUUGCUAUUACGGCAUCCACCUCUUUCGAGCCACCCUUCCUCCUUGCGAAACGGCUAUCAACCCUAGACCAUUUGACAAAGGGGCGAAUUGGGUGGAACAUUGUCACCGGCUGGAAGAAAGGCGCAUUCAAGGCGAUUGGUUUGGACGAGCCCCCAGACCAUGACCGUCGGUAUGCGCAGGCGGAUGAGUAUGUUCGGGUCUUGUAUAAGUUGUGGGAAGGCUCUUGGGCAGAAGAUGCCAUAGUCCAAGACGCGGCCAACGACGUCUUCACAGACCCAGCCAAAGUCCGGACCAUCAAGCACGAUGGCGAAUUCUACCACCUCGAAAGCAAGCACAUCGUUGAUCCUAGUCCGCAGCGGACGCCGCUCCUGUUCCAAGCGGGUACCUCACCCGCCGGAUCCCAAUUCGGUGCUACUCACGCCGAAGGAAUCUUCGUCUCAGCACACAGCCCCUCGGUUCUCGCCCCGCGCGUCGCAAAGAUCCGUGAGAUGGCUAAGACUGCCGGCCGUGACCCCGAUUCCAUCAAGUUCUUCGCCAGCAUUACCCCCUUCAUCGGGCGCACAGAGGAAGAAGCAAAAGCCAAGUACGAGCGCGCAAAGAAAUACGCCUCCGCAAUCGGCGGUCUAGUUCUCUUCUCCGGGUGGACGGGCAUUGAUCUCUCAAAGGUGCCGUUAGACGAGGAAAUCGAUCCAGAGAAACACUCGCUCGAGGCGCACAAGGUUACUUCGGUCGCGGAGAUGCUUACUGCCAGGACCCCAGACCUACCUAAGCUGACACCCCGAAUUGUUGGCGAGAUGGCAUCGAUCGGUGGCCUGGGCCCUGUAGCUAUUGGCACCCCGGAGCAGGUUGCAGACGUGAUGCAGCAGUGGGUGGACGUUGCUGAUGUUGACGGAUUCAAUGUGGCGUAUGUGACCACGCCGGGGACGUUUGAGGAUGUUGUUGAUCUGCUUGUGCCGGAGUUGCGGAAGAGAGGUCUAUAUGCACCAAAGCCUGAUGCAGCCGGAACCACAGCGAGAGAGAAGUUCUAUGGUAAGGGACAGAGCAGGCUGCGUGAGGACCACGUUGGGAGUGCGUAUAAGUACGAUGUCUACAAGGAGGAUGCUCCUUUCAGCGCUUGA